ACAGGAAUGGUCAGUAACGAGAGACGCUAUUCGUUCGCUAAACGGUAAUGGAAAAUGUUGGCCAAUAGGAGAGCUGGAUAGUAAUGUGUGGCGGAAGUGAAGCUCUGGCAUAGGACGGCUGGUGCCAAUAUUUCUACUUGCCCCACAUCUUUCUCCAGCGAUGUUCCUGGUGGGGUUGUCUGGUGGCAUUGCUUCUGGUAAAAGCACCGUGGUCAAUAUACUUCGUGAAUUGGGUUGCGCUAUUAUCGACGCCGAUGUCCUUGCAAGGCAGGUGGUUCAGCUGGGGACCCCUGCAUACAACCAGAUUGUACAUCACUUUGGAGAGCAGGUGCUACUCAAAAAUGGGGAGCUGGAUCGGGAAAAGUUGGGAUCAAUUAUAUUUUCUGACCCCGAGAAGCGAGCCCUGCUGAACUCCAUCACUCACCCGCCGAUCAGAAGAGCUAUGCUGAAACAGACACUCUGGUAUUUCGUCAUGGGGUAUAGAUACGUGAUCCUUGACAUCCCAUUGCUGUUUGAGUCAAGACACCUGACACGCUACAUGAAACACACCGUUCUUGUCUACUGUGACCCACAGACCCAGGUGGAACGCCUGAUCCGGAGGAGCGGUCUAUCCCGAGAGGAUGUUCUGAAGCGUCUGGCCUCGCAGCUCCCUCUGGACAGCAAGCUGCCGCUGGCCGACCAUGUUAUUAAUAAUUCAGGGGACAGGGACAGCACGCGGCGGCAGGUCCUGCAGCUCCACGCCCGGCUGGAGGCCUCGCUGAGUUACCUUCCCGUGCGGGUGGCUGCUGUGACGAUGGCCACGGGGCUUGUGGCCUUGGUGUGGAUCCUGCUCCGGCGGUUGUGGCACUGAAGGAAGCUGAGGAUCAUAUAGGGAAUUUAUAAUAACCCUGCUUUUUUUAAUUGGGUCACAGUCAGUCCAUAUAGGAGCAUAAUGACGCGCUGACUGUGACAUAUAUUAAUAUUUUUUUACAUUUGCCAUGUUUUAUAAUUUAAAAGAAAGAAAUAGUAAUUUUAUUAACUAUGCAAUGUUAACCCACAAUAACUUAAUAGAAGCAUUGCUCUAUUGUCUCAUGUUGGAGAUCCAGACCACCGAAUUGAACAGCUGUAGACCAGUCUUAAAAGUUAAAGUGAUAGACUGCUAGAGGAGCAAUGCUGUGUUAUAAGGAAUGGCAUGGUUUGUACAGGCAGUAUAAGUAGGGGAAAUUUUAAUGUAAAACAUGUCAAAAACCGGUCAUCUGAAAUAUGACCAUUACGUCUUGAAACCAAAUGUAUUGCUAACAAUGCCUUCGGUGGACUUUUAAAAGGAAUUUUAGUGUUCUUUGCCAGAAUAAAAUCAAUGUUUUUUAAAGGAACAUUCAGACCAAGAAAAUCCAUGAGGCAAAAUAAUUGGGCGUUAUAAAUGGUCCUUUAAAAAUAACUCAAUAAUGAAAUUAGAAAGUGGGGACAACGUGGAUGAUUCAGAUCUCUAUUAACCUGCAUAAAUGAAAUUUCUGAGGCUGCUGUGAAUUUGAAACCCAGAUUUUAUUCCCAUUCAUGGACAACCAUUCCCACAAAGUACCCUAUGUAAGUACCCUAUGUAAGAUACCUAUCACAUCUUGGAAACUGUUUUGGGGAGUAAAGAACAGAAACAGGAGAUCUUAGCACUGGAGGUGUUGUUCAGGCAUGAUCGUGAGUAAAAUCUACUCUUCUGAAUUAGUAAGUACUAGCGGGUUUGCAUCUGGGCUGGUCAAGCUGGGUUUGUACAGAAGAUCCAGAUGGCAGAUUUUCUUCACCGAAAUGGCUUUGUGAUGGAUAAUUGAAGUUGUUAUGGAUACUUUGCACACCAAGUGUUUUUCUCUGAGCAGUCUGGAUUAAGACAGUAUUCUGUGUGAAGCAUUGGAAAUCUUUCAUUCUGAUCACCAAAGGCCGUGGUGGAACACAACAGACGAGUGUGAAGACCACUUCCCAAGAACUCGCGAAAAGAUUUCCUGGAAAUCGUUCAUAAAAUAGAAUAUUGCACACGGAACAAUCAGCACUUUGCAUCGCAUAUAACCAGUUCAAGUCCUUCAAAAAGCAAUGGUUUUGCACAUUUUUAAGGAGUCUGCUGGUCAACAAAACCCAAAGAAACCACAGAUCAAUACCAAAGCAUAGAGCAAUAUUGAGGAGGACAAAAACAAUUCUAACUCAAUAACUGAAUAACAAAUUUUACCCUGACUUUCAGCACAGAGCUCUAUCUCGGCUCCCACAUGGCCUCCUCUAGAUGCCACAAGGAUGCCCUGAUGGGGUAAGGUUAAGGUAGGAGGGUAGUCCCAACCUCUAACCACACCCUGACCCGGCCUCUUACCCGCCCCAACGAAGGUGUGACUUGGACUCCUGAAAUGUUCGGGGUUUAAAAGGCUUGGAUCCUAAAUUUUGCAUGUGCAGUUUUUUUUAAGCCAUGUCUGGUAAUAAAUAAUCUAUGAUCUAACA